AAAGUCUUCUCGUCUCUUCCUCCCAUUGACAUAUUCAAGACUCCGCCCACUGGUCCUACCUGUCAUUUGGACCGGGUGGUAAGGUUUUUAGUUCCUAGAGCCUGGAGCCAAGAGCCAAGUUAAACCUAAUUCCUCUCGGUUUCAUUACGAGGACUCUAAUAUCGAAUCAUGGCGGUGAACACGGGCACCUCUCUAGUGCUGUCCAGUCUGCUGUCAGUGCUGGUGUUUGCUGGGAUGCAGAUGUUCAGUAAGCAGCUGGGAUCCACUGAGUGGCUUACCAUCCUGGGAGGUUUCCUGGGCUCAGUCCUCUUCAUCUGCUCCCUCACUGCAUUUAAUAAUCUAGAAAAUCUGAUUUUCGGGAAGGGAUUCCAAGCCAAGAUAUUCCCAGAGAUUCUGCUGUGCCUGUGUCUGGCACUGUUUGCCUCUGGUCUGGUACACCGUGUCUGUGUCACCACAUGCCUGAUAUUCUCCCUUUUUGCCCUGUACUACAUCAACAAAGUAUCUGCCGCUCUCUACCAAGCAGCUGUUCCUGCAGUAACACCAGCCAAGGCUGCCAGCAAAGGCAAAAGGAAGAACUGAUGAAUCUGUUGGAUCCCACUUGUAUCCAGUGAAUCAGUUAUUAUUACCCAGGUGCUGAUGGCCAGUGCAACACAGCAGUUGCAUAUUUUGACAUUUGUGUUUUGAAUCCAUAACCCCCCUGCAGGCAUCAUAAAGACAUAGUUUUUUUUGUUUUUUUACAAUGAUCUCAAAUUCAAUCAAGGCCAUAAAAAAAGCUGUCAACAUUCCAUUGAUAACCUUUUCCUCAGCACUGUUUUUUAAACUGAUUGCAAAGAGAUUCAACCCUCCCAUCACUUUAUCUGUGCAUUCAUCAGCACAUCAAGUUGAUUUUUUUUUUUGUUUAAUUCAUUUUGUAAUUAAACUCUGUAAAAGAC